UGAUAACAAUCAACACCGACCUGCAAUACUCAAAUAAUAGAAACGGAUCGACGUUCAAAGAAUGAAUAUCUCUACGGUUCGGUAUAAUGACGUUAAUCACAAUUGACUAUUUAACCAUGUUUCCAUUACAAAGAGUAAGCUCUGACUGUAAAGAAUCAAUAUUCCGAGCGCGUACUCUCGGAAAGUCUUAACGAUAUUCUUUUGUCUUAAACGUUCGCAUUAAUCCUGCCUCUAAAGUCCGUCGGUGUAAUUUCGAUGUAAAGUUGGGUGCCUGUCCUAACCAAAGCGUAGAGGUUAGGUUAUGUGCAAGUGUUACCUGAUUUUUUUUUCACUUCGCUUUUGGAUAACAAGUUCAAAUUCACAACAUGGCGGGAAGUUUGACCUGGUCGUCGGGUUGUUGUCUCCGUUUUAAAUUUAGUCCCGAAGAAAUAGAACAACGAUACAAGAGUCAAGAAAUCGACCGAAUGCUCGAGAAGGAUCGGCAGAUUCUGCGUCGUCAAGUGAAACUGCUCUUACUUGGUGCCGGAGAGAGUGGAAAAUCAACGUUUCUCAAGCAAAUGAGAAUCAUUCAUGGAGUUAAAUUUGAGCCGGAGGUGAUCAAGGAAUAUCGGCACAUAAUUUACCAAAAUAUUAUCAAAGGUAUGAAAGUACUCGUCGACGCUAGGGAUAAGCUCCAAAUUCCAUGGCAAGAUCCGAAGAACGAUGACGUCGGCUACCAGCUACUCAAAAUUGAAAACACAAUCAUAUUCGACACGAGAUUGUUCCUUCGCUAUGUACCGAAUCUUCGAAGUCUAUGGAGUGACGCUGCGAUAAGAAAAGCAUUCGAUAGGCGACGAGAAUUUCAACUGAGUGACUCGGUUCAAUAUUUCUUGGAUAGUUUGGAUAGAAUUGCCCGAAUGGAAUAUAUGCCCACACACCAGGACAUUUUGCACUGCAGAAAAGCGACCAAAGGAAUUUCUGAAUUUUUAAUUCAGAUAAACAAUAUUCCGUUUCUAUUUGUCGAUGUCGGCGGACAGAGAUCUCAGAGGCAGAAGUGGUACCAGUGUUUCCAGUGUGUCACUUCUAUACUUUUUCUAGUGUCAUCCUCAGAGUUUGAUCAAGUCUUAUUGGAAGACAGACGAACCAACAGACUGGAAGAAUCAAAGAAUAUAUUUGACACGAUAGUCAACAAUGUAAUUUUCGGCGAGGUAUCGAUUAUUCUGUUUCUGAACAAAACAGAUUUACUUGCUAAAAAAGUCAAGUCCAACGAUACGGAUCUGCGGCAGUAUUUUCCAAGUUUUAAGGGUGACCCACAUUCCAUUCAUGAUGUUCAAAAUUUCAUACUAGACAUGUUCACAUCUGUCAAACGGGACCCAAAGAAGCCUAUUUUUCAUCACUUCACUACAGCAGUGGAUACAGAAAAUAUUAAAGUUGUCUUCAACGCGGUAAAAGACACAAUACUCAUUCGAAAUUUGGAAUCACUAAUGCUGCAAAAUUGAAUGCAUAUUUCAUUUAGUGAGAUACUGAUAAAAAGUUAUAUAAAAAUGUAUCCGCCACAGUUUGAAUCGUAUUCAACAAUCUGAAAGGACAACGGACUUUUACAUUCCAAUGACACUAUUUAAGUUCAAUAUUCAAAACUAUUAAGAUAAUGUAAACGAUGAAGUAUUUGUAAAUAUUGCUUCAGUCAACGCACAAGCAUGUAUGUAACUUCAUGUUGUAAGUUGCGGACCUUUUUUAUUAUACUAACACAGGAUGAAACUAAAGAAAAUUUACAUUGCAUUGAAACCUGUUCAAGUGAUAUACAUAUUCAAACGUAUGUACAUCACAUUAGCAUUAUUUGUCUAUCAAAGAGCCCUUAUAUACUGUAGCUAUUAGAUUAUUAUGACAUAUGUAAAUAUUUUGUCAUGCUUAAAGUUACAUAAAUAUGCUCAGUAUACUCACAUACCUUAUACGCGCGUGUAUUGAUAUAUUUGUAAAUAAGAUUACCCAUGAACAUGCCAUAUGCAAUUAUCGAAAUUUGAGAGCGUUAUCAAAACAAAUUAUGCACAGCCAAAGUACCAUAAUAUCGAUCGAUUUAAUUAGGAUAUAUCACGGUAUUUGGAAACUGAAUACUAUUCUUUACCCACUGCAAUCACUGUCCAUCUCCAUCGUAUUUAAUAAUAAUAACUAUUACGAGAAAUUGAGGAAAGUUAUAUGAUUAAUAUCAGAUUGUUUACAGUCGAAUAAGAUUGCAAGAGCUAUAACGGUAUUAAUAUUAUCUAGAAAUAAUUUGUUUAUUACUUGGGAGAUGCGGUUGAAAAACACUUGUCUAUUGACAACAUGUAAUAGAUUAGCGAGCUGGUGCAGACAGACCAACUUUUAAAAAUCAAAGUAGUACUCUACAUUGUCUUGUUUGCGGAAUUUUUUAUACAUAUGUUGGCAUGAAAAUUUUUUUCACACGCAUGUGAAGACUUCACCUUUGACUGGAGCUCGUAAAUAGUUUAACUUUUAACUUAUCCAUAUAUGUAUUUUUGUAUUAAUUAUUUUAAGAUUUAUGCGAUCUACCAAAAUUGAUCAAAUUCUUUAAUUAUAGAGCGAUUAAGCCGAAUUGAAAAAUUUCCAAACAGCAUACCUUGUAGUACUAGAGUGUGCUUUUUAAUAUUGUUAUAUUGAGUAAAUUUUUUGAUACUAAUAUUUGCAAAUGAUAUUUUAUGUACAUUUUAAUGCAUUCGAACUGAAUAA